UUUAGCACUUUUCACAUAAAUACUGUCUACUUGUCUUUUGCUUACUUUCUUCCUCCCCAAAGAGCCAUCACUAACCACCAACUUUGUUUUUUCUGCUUCUUUUGUUUUCAAAAUUUAAUGGUUUUUGGUUUUCUCUUUUGUGGUGCAAAUACAGAGAAAACAAAAAAAAAAGAUUAAUCACUUCUUGAUUUUCACUGUAGGCCCAAAGUGUUUCAGUUUCUGACUUUAAAGACUUGAUUUUUAUUGCCUUUUUCAACCUUUUUUUUCACCUUUUCAGUACAAUUCUUUAGCAUAAUUACUCCACCAUUGAAAUCCCACUUGUUGUACAUUUCAAUAACUUAAAAGGAUUUGUGGGGGAACUGCAAUUAAGUAGCUUCAGUCUUGUUUGGUAAAUACAUGCCAAGUUGUGCAUGUCACUAUCUUGAUAUGAUUUUUAGCUUAAUAGGGUACUUAGUCAUUAACAUUAUCCUUGUGAAAAAAUGGAAUUUUUAGCCAUGGUUUUAUGAAGUUAGGUACUUAAAAAAUUGGACCAAAAUAGAUUUGGUCCUGAGAUUUAAGAUCCUAUUUGGUUCAAGAUUUCUGUUUUCUUGGUGUAUUCCAAUUUGGUGUUGUUCUUAGUGUAUUUUUGGAGCUGAGUUUCUUUUACUUUCAUUUUGGAGUUAAAAAGUUAGAGUCUUGAAAAUGGCUAUGGGACACCAAGACCAAGAUGGAGUUCCAAACAACUUGAGAAAGCAACUUGCUCUUGCUGUUAGAGGUAUUCAAUGGAGCUAUGCAAUCUUCUGGUCAACUCCAGUUACACAGCCAGGGGUGUUGGAAUGGAGUGAUGGGUACUAUAAUGGGGAUAUCAAGACUAGGAAGACAGUUCAGGCAGGGGAAGUUAAUGAAGAUCAGCUGGGAUUGCACAGAACUGAGCAAUUGAGAGAACUUUAUAGUUCACUCUUAACAGGUGAAAGUGAAGAAGACCUACAACCACAGGCCAAAAGGCCCUCGGCUGCAUUAUCUCCCGAAGAUCUCACUGAUACAGAGUGGUAUUUCUUAGUAUGCAUGUCGUUCAUCUUCAAUGUUGGACAAGGGUUGCCGGGGAAGACCUCAGCGACGAAUCAAACUAUCUGGCUAUGCAAUGCUCACCAAGCAGAGAGUAGAGUAUUUUCACGCUCUCUGCUGGCAAAGAGUGCAUCUAUCCAGACUGUCGUAUGCUUUCCAAGUUUAGGAGGCGUAAUUGAGCUGGGAGUCACCGAGCUUGUCUUAGAAGAUCCCAACCUCAUUCAGCAAAUAAAAAAUUCCUUUGAGGUUGAUCACUCUGUUAUUCCGAAGAGGCCAGAUUAUGUCUCCAACGAUGCAAAAGAUGACAUGAAUGUCGUUAGCCGAAAGCUUGAUCGUAAUGUACUUGAAAGUGAUGCUUAUCCAGUUGAAAUAAACAACAGUUCACCGCAUGAUAGUUCAAACGGUUUUGUGGCCAAUCAAGAGGCAGAAGAUUCUUUACUGGUGGUAGGCGUUAUUGGGGAAACUUCACAAGCUCAAAGCUGGAAGUUCGUGGAUGAUAAUAUGAGUAACAGUGUGCAUAAUUCUUUGAAUUCCAGUGACUGCAUCUCUCAAAAUUAUGAAAAGUUGUCGCCUCUUUCGAGUGGAGAAAAAGAAACUAAGCCUUGCCCAAUAGACCGUCAAGAGCACAAUCAGAAUAAACUGCAUCUUUUAGAUCACCAAGGAGAUGACACUCAAUAUCAAGCUGUCAUUUCUACCCUUUUAAAAAGCUCGGACCAAUUAACUUUGGGACCACAUUUUAGAAAUAUUAACAAAAAGUCAAGCUUUGCUGGUUGGAAGAAUGAUGCUCAAACGCCAAGAAUAGGAACUGCACAAAAACUAUUGAAGAAGGUACUUCUUGAAGUUCCUAGAAUGCAUGGUGGUGUUACACAUAAAUUCAGCAGACAUAAUCGUAAAAAAAACUGCCUUUGGAGACCGGAGGUUGAUGACAUUGAUAGAAGCCGUGUUAUUUCAGAGAAAAGGCGAAGAGAAAAGAUAAAUGAGAGAUUUAUGCAUCUUGCAUCAAUGCUGCCAACUGGUGGCAAGGUUGACAAAAUUUCACUGCUUGACGAGACAAUAGAAUACAUGAAGGAGCUUGAGAGGAGAGUUCAAGAGCUGGAAGCUAGAUCAGGAAAAAAAACAAAUGAUACUGCAGAGCAGACAUCUGAUAAUUGUGGCACUAGCAAAUUCAAUGACGUCAAGGGAUCGUCACUAAAGAGGAAGGCAUGUGAUUUGGAUGAAACGGAACCUGAAAGCUGUAAUAAAUUACUGAAAGGUAGUUCAGCUGAUAGCAUUGUCAUCAAUAUGAUCGAUAAGGAAGUCUCGAUCAAGAUGAGGUGUCUUUGGAGCGAGGGCUUGUUACUUAAGAUUAUGGAGGCACUAACCGAUCUACAGAUGGAUUGCCAUACGGUUCAAUCUUCCAAGAUUGAUGGGAUUUUAUCCAUUGCUAUUGAAUCCAAGUCAAAUGGAUUGAAAACUGUAUCAGUUGGAGCAAUUAGAGAAGUACUUCAGAGAGUAGUCUGGAAAUCUUGAUGAUCAUUUAAGAUUGGUGAAUUAUCUCCAUCUGAAAACGAUGCCGAUUAGUCAUGUCCUUAGAGGAUAGUUAGAGCUUGUGUAUAUUUUUCUACUUUGGAAAUGCAUUUUGCAUAGAUUUGACAGCCUACAGAGAAGUAGUAAUUUGGAGUAACUUUCUUCCAAUGUAUCAUGUUUCUUGAUCAUCACUUGGUUUGUGGUCCUCUGAGAAGUUCAUGAAAGUAGAGUUGCUGAAUCUUGCAAUUGAUUUCUGUCA